AUGUUGGAAGAGGGAGGUACAACCAAUCUGGUCCAUGAUAACAGCGCCCAGGAGGGCGGGCAGGAUGCGGAGCCCUGGAGAACUUCCUGCAGCUCUCCGGACAUUUCCAAGUUCAAGCAGCAAGCUCCAAGUUCCAGAGGCAGCACCUACCUUGGACGGGGCCCCGUGGAGGAGAUACGGCCCCCACCCCCGACUCCCGCUAGCAGAGACUCUCUGGGGAAGAAAGGGGGGUUCAGUGCCUCUUCCAAAGAGAAUGGGGUCUCCUUCCAAGCAGGGACACUGCAGCAACAGGAAGACCCCAGCUCCAAGUCUCAGGACCAGAAGGGCAGCGUCAUUCCCAACAAUAUCCGCCACAAGUUUGGAAGCUCCGUGGUGCAGGAGCUGGUCUCAGAGGAGCAGGCUCAGAAGGCCAUUGAUGCAGUCUUGGAGGACCAGAAGCGGGCGAGCUCGUGGCCUAGCCAGACCCAGAGCCCUGUGGAGAUCUCGUCCAUCUUCUCAGACUACUACGAUCUGGGCUACAACAUGCGGGCCAACUUGUUUCAAGGGGCCCCCCAGGAGACAAAGAGCCUCAUGAAGGCUUCCUACACACCGGAAGUGAUUGAGAGAUCCGUGAGGGACAUGGAACACUGGCAUGGCCGGAAGACGGACGAUUUGGGACGGUGGCACCAGAAAAAUGCUAUGAACAUGAACUUGCUGAAGGCUCUGGAAGAGAAAUAUGGAGAAAAGAGCAAGUCCAGGGGCUCCAAGUACUAGCACUGAUACAGAGGAGGCCCCUUGCUGCGGCUCCAAGAGUUUGCAAUAAAGAGAGGCAUACA